UGGGAGGCAGCUGACUGAUGUUCCAACCCAGUCCAGAGAGCAUUCUUGGUAAAACAGGCUGAAGCAGGACCCCUGUCAUAAUCCCCCUUGUGCCAGAUAUCGUUCCUGCAAGAGGAGGGUGCAUGUGGAGCCACCAGUCACCUGCUUCUCAAACAACAGGGGAACAGAUCCCCAUCCAGCACAGUGGCUGCUACCCAACAAAACAAAACUAGAGUUUGUCAUCCACAGCUGAGCCCCUUGUCUGGAUUCACCUUAUCUGGAACAAUUCACUUCAAUUGAGAGAUUUAUUUUUAAAAAAUUAUCUGACCCACAACAUGGAGAAGCAUUUAAAGAAUAUCCUAAUUGUUUCAUUUGGAUUCUUUUUCCUGUUUACCGCUUAUGGAGGACUCCAGAACUUGCAGAGCAGCCUCCAUUCUGUAAAAGGGCUGGGUGUCACCUCAGUGAGCGUGAUCUAUGCAGCACUGAUCCUGUCUGCCAUGUUUCUCCCACCCAUCAUCAUUCAGAAGUUUGGAUGCAAGUGGACCAUUGUAGGAUCGAUGUGCUGCUACAUUACGUAUACUUUGGGCAACUUCUAUGCCAGCUGGUAUACGCUGAUUCCCACAUCUAUGAUCUUGGGGUUGGCAGGAGCACCCCUUUGGUCAGCUAAGUGCACAUACCUUACUAUUGCUGGCAACUCAUAUGCUGAAAAAGCAGGGAAACUUGGAAGAGAUGUGGUCAACCAGUAUUUUGGAAUUUUCUUCCUGAUAUUUCAGUCUUCUGGAAUCUGGGGGAAUCUUAUAUCAUCUGUGGUAUUUGGCCAGACCCCGAAAAAAAUGAACAUCUCAGAAGCAGAACUGGCAGGCUGCGGUGCGGCAGACAGCAGGAACAUGACAGCAUCUGAUGCAGACAUCUCAAGACCAACAGAAACAUUAAUCUACACACUGCUGGGAAUCUAUACAGGCAGUGGAGUGCUUGCCGUGUUGCUAGUUGCUGUAUUUCUAGAUCCAGUCAUAACAUACCAACAUGAGACUGAAGAAAAGAAGACAUCGUCCUUUUGGUCCACUAUCUUGUCCACAUUCCAGCAUCAUAAAGACAUACGCCAGUGCCUCUUGAUUCCACUGACCUUCUAUAGUGGGCUUGAACAAGGAUUCCUUUCUAGUGACUACACCAGGGCCUAUGUGACCUGUGCCCUGGGGAUAAACUUUGUUGGCUAUGUGAUGAUCUGUUAUGCUGCUGCAAAUUCUAUCUUCUCCAUCUUUUUUGGAAAGAUUUCCCAGUUCACUGGCCGAAACUUUCUCUUUGUUCUGGGCUCAGUGCUCAACCUUGUUUGUAUAAUAACAUUCCUGCUCUGGAAACCACAUCCAAAGCAUCUGGCUGUAUUCUUCAUAUUACCAGCCAUCUGGGGAAUGGCUGAUGCUAUCUGGCAGACACAAACCAAUGCUCUCUAUGGAGUUUUAUUUGAAAAGCAGAAAGAGGCAGCAUUUGCUAAUUAUCGUCUGUGGGAAUCACUGGGAUUUGUUGUCGCCUUUGGCUACAGCACCUUCUUACGUGUCUAUGUGAAACUAUACAUUGUUUUGACUGUAUUGUUGGUGUCCUUGGUCCUAUAUGAAACAGUUGAGUACCUGGAAUCCAAGAAUUCCCUUGGAACAGCCAACCCUGCAAGGCAGAAACCAGCUGAAAGUCUGCAAAUUGAUCUGGAAACUCAGUUGUAAGCCAGCAAGUUAACGGAUGUAAAGCAAUGGCAGAUACUAGUCCUGUGGUUAAUAUUAUAUAUCGGCUGCCCAAAAAUUCAGUGCUAAAUAUGAGCUGCCAGAAAAUACAGUGCAUGGCAAAAGUACUGGAAAAUGGUGGUCACUGGUGGCUUCCAUGUUGAUGGAGGAAUGAAUCUCCUGCAGUAGGGUUUAUUAUAUAUAAAAGGGCUUCUGAAGGUGCUGAAGCUAUUUGGAGGGAUAUGUUUUUGGAACCCUAGAGAAUUAUUUCAAUAUUUGGAGUAAAACUUGCAACUGAUUGACUAUUCCGCUUACAAAGAUAAAACAUCAAAAGUAAGAAAAAUGAAAAGGGACCGAUAUGAUUGAUGAGCAUUUAAGUGGUAAUUUUCUUUUUGAUAAGAUUUUAUAGAGCUUUUUGUACAGCAGAAAAGGUUAUUUUUUAUUGUAACUUCCGCAUGUUUUCUUGAAGCAUAUCAUGUAUGUAUCUCUGUGAAUUCUUCAUUUCUUACCCGUGGACAUAUUUGGCUAUGCAUAUCUAUACAGGAUGAUGGGACUUAUCGUGUUUUAAAACUCAAUGAAGUUGUUUGCUUUAGUCAUGGAAGCUGGUGAAAGUAAAAAAUAAUAAUCCUAAAUGCAUUUGAGAAGAAGCUUUCAAAUAGUUUCUAGAAGGCUCAUAAUGCUUUUGUUUACUUAUGCAAAGCUUCCUUAAUUCCUUGGUUAUUUCAUUUUAUAUGUGAAUAUUUUUAAUUUUGAAUAAAUUUUGAAUUAAAUUUUGAAUAAAA